UAUAUUCAUAUAUAAGGAGGGGGCGAGAUGGUCAUAGCAUCAGUUGCUCGGUGUCUUUUGGCUAUUAUACCAACAUGAAAUCUUUCGCUUGCGUCAUCCUCCUCGCGGCCGCCGCUAUGGCCGCUCCCGGCACACAGGGUCAGCGCGACAAGCGCGGGUACCUGUCCGGCUACCACCACGACUACAGCCUGGAUUACGCGCCCGCCGUCUCCUACAGCCUGCACGAGCCGCUCCACAGCCUGAGCAUCGCGCCGGCGCGUAAGAUCGUCUCUUACGACAAGGUCGUGCAUGAGCCUAAGAUCGUGGAGGUGAAGAAAAUAGUCUCCGUCCCGAAGGUGGUGACCGUGCCCAGGGUGGUCUCCGUCUCCAAGAUCGUAGAGGAGCCCCAGAUCUCCUACAGCAGCAUCGGAUCCCACAGCAGCUUUGGAUCCUACGGGAGCAUUGGAUCCAUCGGAUCCCACGGUAACAUCGGAUCUCACGGCUGGUGGUGAACAACCAACUAAUUAUAGGACAAUUUAAUAUAUUACGUUUAAUUUA